AUGACCAUCCUGAAGAUUGCAGACAACAGAGGACCUGGUGUUAUUGCCCCACAUAAUGUUCAAGUCAUCCAGCACAAGUACCCUGUGGCUUCUGGAAGCCAUGGGCAGCCUUCAAGGGUGGCCAUUUAUGCAGCUUCAUCAAGAGUGGCACAGUGUGAUGCAGGAAGACCCAAUAUACAGAACCCACUCACAGUGCUCCAGCACUCAGCAAUAGUGGCAGGUGUACAGAGCCAGCCCAAUGUGCUCCAGCCAGGAAUAAUGGGGCUCCAGACCCUACCCCAGGACCCUCAGAAUCCUCCAAACUUCAUCCCUGGGCCCACAGGCACCUCACAUCAGUUUCAGUGGAACAUGUCAUUUGGAACACUUUCUUCAUUUGAUCCCAAGAAAUUCAUCAAUGAGGAGGUCAGAACAUUAGGG